CGUUAUAAUACGACAAACAAAUCGGGGCGCAAGUAACGUCCUUUCGUGGUAAUCGGUGUGCUAGACGAUCGACGCUCGAAUCAGUAACGAUCGAAUUUUCGUUGGAACUAACAGCACGCGACUCGGUUUUCACGAUUCUUAAAUUAGUCGUUGUUCGACGUGGAUUCGCGUUCGCGCACGCUGCCUCCGGCGGCUUGCAUCGGUUCGUUUUCAUCUCGAAACAGAGAAAACCGAAAAUACACGGUUUGACGUAGAACGGGCGUUACGAGUAAGCAAACGAGCAAAAUCUAUCUUGUAUUUGUUUCCUUUCGUCUCUACACCGCGAAACGGAUACCUCGGCGGUUGACUUCGUUUAAGAACAACUUCGAUUCCACUAAUCUCAGCUUGCGGUCCAAUUCUACGCGAAUUCUUCGCGAUUCCAGCGGAACGGCCCUUUUCGUCUUCCCUCCUAGAUGAGUCGCAGGAAGAUUCUUGGAAGAGCUUCGCUUUCGUUCCCCGCGGUCGACGGUAUUCUCGACGUCGAUCAAAUUCUGCAAACGGAUCCGUGGAAACAGAUCGACGAUUUCGUGCAACAAAACUUUACGCAAAACAUCUUAAACGAGUUUAACAAACGGCUGACGCUCGAACCGAAACUCACCCCCGUAGAUAAUACGACCCCGGGGAAAAGACGAGCGACACCGUCCGGAAGAUCGCCUCGUAACAGCGAAGCGAGUCGAACGAACGAAGAAAAAUCGCCCAAGAAGAGAUUGGAUGGUCAGCCGGUAGGCGGUGGUGGAGAACUAAACGAGCGUAAAAAAGAAAUCGCGAAGAAGAGCGGCCAGGCGGAAGUAUCGACGAGCAAAGAGCAGAAGCAAUUGGAAGAUGUCCCAAACGUGACCGUCGAGAAAUCGAGAGCAACGAUGUCCGAUAAAAGAAGCGGAAAGUGUAGAAACGAGGAAAAGGAGAGAAUCGUCGACGAUCCAACUGGAACGAAACAAGAGCGCGAAACGGAGAAUACAGAUCCGACGAACGAUCAAAUGGAAAAUACGGCAAAAGACGCGAAAUCCGUGAAUACGUCGAAGACCAUGGAUUUAAAGUCGCCGUUUAGAACAAGUACGCCGAGACGCGGCAAAGCUUCCGAACAGGACAAUCUGACCGGCAAGGAAGCUACUGCUACUACGGAGCACGAUAUUCCGGCGUCCGAUUCUUCCGCGAGGCGUAACGAUUCGACGAACGACUGCAACGAACAACAAUUGGCUUUCGUGACAAAGGAUUUAAACAACAACAACGAUAGCACCGUUGCUAAGAAGAACGGGAGUAAGGGGAAAAAGGUAAGAUGCAAGCAUAAAAAGACGGAGGAAGUAAGGAAGAAGAAGAAGCCUGAAAGCAACAAAACAUCGGACAUAUCGAUGAAGACAGCGUCAAGAUGCAAGAAACACGAUAAAAAGAUGACAACGACAGAGACGAAGCAGAUCGGAAAGGAGAAGCAUUUACUGAAACAACGCCGAAGACGUUACAAAGGGAAGAUACGACGGAUCGAAAGAAAAGCAGAUCGGGCCAUGGAAACGUAUAUUCAUCACGUCACACGUAUAAUUAAGAAAAUGGGUUAUUUACCAGAAGACAGUUCGUGCUCCGAGAACGACGACAGUUAUUCCGAUUUCUCUGACGAAUCGUCUUACUGUAGUUCCUAUUGUUCCGAUAGUUGCUGUUCCUAUUGUUCCGAUGGUUGCUAUUCCUCUGCCGACUACUCGGAGUACACUCUGUUUUCUUGUUCUUGUUCUUCUUCCUCCUCUUCCUCUUCCUCCUCUUCUUCUUCUUCUCCUGCACGUGGACUCUUGUUCCGGUCGAAGGCAAAAUGAACACACUACGGAUUAACGAUUUGUCGAACUGAGUUGUUACAGAUGAGAUUAAUUUUGAUCGAUUUUCUUAUAACGUUGAACGUUUACCUUUAAAUCCAAUUUAUCGAGUCAACGCAAAAUUAUGUGUAUGUGAAUGUUUGUACGAAUGUGAGGUAUAUAAAUAAAGAAUUUGCUACGUAUUCCCGAAAA